GCGCAGUAAGCAAAAAGCAAAACACCUGGAAGUUAUCCGGAACGAAGAAAUUGUACAUUACAUGGCAUAAAUUGCAGACUACUCGUGCCAGAAGCUGGAGAUUCAAAGAAUUCGCCUUCGAAUGGUUAACGAGCGUGCGUUGGGAAUCAGGUUUUGUUUGGAAUUAAUCAGAAGAAGCUCGAUGAUAUCUUAUUAAACAACCGGAAGAAACAAUCAUGACUACAAGGCAUGAAGAUUGCUGGCUCUAAAGAUGCGGUAAAUAUUCCGUUUUUGUCUUCAGAACGUUAUUUUGAUUUUAAAGCUUAAACAGGCACAACAUCGUUAUUUUGUAGAGCAGUAACAUAACAGAGGCACAAAAAAUGUAGGCGAAUAAACAAUUAACUGCAGACAUAAGACAAGUUAUUUGUGAAUGUGAUGCACAUUGUUGUAGCUCGCAAUAGCCUCACACUAUAGUUUCAUUUUAGGCCUUCGUUUUUCCAGCCAAAAUAUUCUCGGCGAAUUUUGUCGUUAAAAGGACUUCCUCGGUUGAUUGUCCGGCUACCAAACAAUGUGAGAUACUCUGGUAGCGAUUUUUAUUAGCCCGCGCCGAUUACCCGAUUAACAUCUAUUCGCUUUCAUUCAAAACACCAACAAAUUUUUUAAAAGAAGAAAUAAGAAAUAAAAUUAUGACUAAAAUUGGACGAAAUAACAUUGUUUUGAAUUCACUGAGUGUGAUGACAUACUGUGAAGUCCAUAAAAGUAUACGUAUAUUUAAAUUUUUACUCCACAGAUGCGACAGAAACUACCGGUGUCGCAUAAGACAAGAUUUGAAACUUAGUGCACUGUUUUUUUUUUUUUGUUUUUUUUUUUUUUUAAUGAAACGUUCCUAAAUAUGCUUUGGUGAUAAAAAUUAUACCAAUGCUGAAAUGGUAGCUAUUUGUAAAAAAAAAUACUAUUUAGAAAAUUGUGUUUAUAACUAAAAUUAUACAUGAUUCAAACACUGGGCGACUAGAUCACUUGGAAAGCCCAAUCUGCAUCAAACAAUUGUUAUUAUAUUCCUUCAAUUCUUUAUUCAGGAGUCCUCUGGGCCGAUUCUAAAGAGCCCUCAGAACAAUUUCAUUACCAAUUUUACAUUUGCAGCGAUCCCUAGUAAGGCUGAUACAUGUCUACAAAAAAGAUAAGCCAAUAAUGUAAACAUUGAUAAUUUUUUUUAUUAAUUGGCCAGCGAUACACAAUACUACCUUAACAUAAAGUGCGUGUGUGUUUUUAUUAUCACUAUCAUUUUUAACUUCUCUAAAUUUACGGAGAAACCGUUUCACUUUGAAGUUGCAAGCGGUUAAAAAUAUUUUAAUGAAUACAAUCAAACUUCAGGCUUUGCUGUAUAAUUACCCUAACCCUAAAAUAGUAUUCUUUAAAAAAGAUAGACCCCGAACCAGACCCACGACGGGACGAGACCACUUGUUUCCUUGCGAAAUGACGUCUGAGAAACGAGCGCAGAAAUUCAUACUGAUGGCGUGUCACUACCCCGAUCUGGAUAGUGCUUCUGAUUGGUUGAAGCAAAUUUUCCUCGCGGCAUGACCAAUCAGAAGCUCUACCCAGAUCGGGGAAGUGACGUGUCAUCAGUAUGGAAUUUCUGCACUCGUUUCUCAAAUGUCAUUUCGCGGGGAAACCAUAUUGAUGGCGUUACGAAAGGUCGGCUGUUUUGUCAGGCAGAUUUUAUUUGCAUUUGUAAUUUUUCACAGGAGCAGAGAAGUUACAAUGAAGCGAAUCGUCUUGAUUUGCUAUGGAUUAUUCGUUACUAUGACUUUAAUGUCAAAUGCAUUGUUUGUCUCUUGGGACAAGAACGCCAAUUUGACCAGAGAUGACAUUUUUAUUGGUUUUCGACAAAUUUACGUGCCUAAAGUAUUUGGUUCGGUGACCCCAGCCUUCAGAAAUCUCACCUCACAUUCACUGGAUGAGAGAUGCAGCAAGGGGAUGGCUCUCUCAAUAUCAUGGAGCUUGCACGAGCCCUAUUCAGGAGUCCUAGGUCCAAAAAUUGGCAAGCAGCUUGGUUUUGCUGCACGCGGGAUUUUUCCAAGUGAGUAUGAGCCCUAUCAAACAAAACAUUCUUUAAAUUUGUAGCUUUUUCCAGGCGUUCAGAUGGUGGUGUGCAGCGCAAAGUCAGAGAGCGGGGAAAAAAUAAGAUGGAAGAGAGGGGAGGGAAGCCCCCCAGUCCUCCCUUCUCUGUUUUUCCUUCCACAUCUCUUUGCGCCGUCCCCCAAUCUAAACGCGUGGAACAGACUAUCUAAUUUGUGGAUUUUGACACCAGAUUUUCAUCUAGGACCCUGGAAAAACUACGCCAUUUCUAAUGUUUAAGAGUAUGAAAAAUGGAUACAGAAAAGAGAAAGAUGAUAUUUCAGUUUGUGAUAUAACGUGGUGUGGGACAAUCGGGAAAGUAACAAUCAUUUUCACGGCAAACGGUAAACGUCACUUUGUACCACGUGACCAAACUUUUUCCCUUUACUGCAGUAUAGUCUAUUAUUUAUUGUACAUUUAGUCUGAAUAAGUAGUUUUAUAUCAGGCUCAUCCAUAAGGAAUUAUUUCGCACGGUUUUGACAGCUCACGGCUAAUGUUAGCCAUCCAUAACCCGAAAUCUGACGUUUAGUUUUCAGGGGAUCAGUUACUCUGGGUACCAGAGGUAUUUUUCUUGCGUGCAGUGGGAUUUAUCGGUGUCGACAUCAGGUCGACUACCUUCGGCCGAAGCCACGAGCCUUGACCCGCGAUAUAAAAAAAAAAUUAACCCGGCUUGACCGACCUAAACCGGCAACUGCGCAUGAAAAGUCUUUUUUCACCCAACCCCAGAAUACCGGACAGGGGAAUUCCAUUCGUAUCCUGCCAAUGAAGACGUACUUCCAGUUGCCGCCUGUCUCCACCGGAAAUAGUCUACGUUCGCGCAGGCUACACUUAUACCAAGAACAACUCAUAGUGCAGUCACCCAAUGUUUGAGCGUUACCUUUCACUUCAUUUUUCUCUCCAUUAACAGAUGUCGUUCAACAGAUCGUUCGAUAUUGUUGCAAUGGAAGUAAAAUUGUCUAUGGAAGAUUCCUUAAAAGUAUUCGAGAAGCAGAAGAUCACUUUUCAGAACAGAUGUACGACUUCACAUUCCCCGUGUACGUAUCAAAAAUGGAUAAAGAUCUGUAUAAAGAUCAACCGUUCGUUACCGUGGUAGCAGCACCGCGAGUCAUGCUUCUUGUGUAUGACAGUCCUCAGGUAACGUGAAAUACAGUAAGCCUUCUUUAGUACGGACUGCUUUAGCAACGACACAAGGGAGGGGGGCUUACCAUUAGACAUAACUGAGGGUCCAGAACAGCCCAUUCGUAAAGAGGAUUCCACUGUUUAAAGCAGAACUGUCCAUUCGGAGCAGUCUUUUUCUAAAUACUAUGAACAGCAUGGUUAGAGUUUUAGCGAAGACUCUAGAAAAAAGCCUGUUCGUUUUCACGAUGACCAUCCUGGCCGGCCAGUUCUGACUUUGGGUAAAACCAAAAGCGCUCUAAGUGUCCGUCUUAGAGAGGUUUCCCCCUACAGAGCCUAAGUGAGGGAAAACGACUGAGAAAGGGCAGAAACCAACUCAAAGUGACCGUUUUAUGGUGAGGUGUCCGCUUAAAGGGAGUUGACUAGUGGUGAAUCAGUGAAUGCCAUUUGUAAGUUAAACAAAGAUCUUUUAAAUAAUGAGAAGGAAGAGUUUCAGGUUUCAAAAGGUUGUUUUCAUUUUUCCAGGGGCAGUAACUGAUUUAUUGUCGAAAUGUAUUAUUAAUCAUAACCUUUUUAUGGCCGCUCACGAUAAAGGACAUUGCAAAACAGAUUAGCACUUGUUCAGGCUGACGCGGCAAGGCCUGACCUGAGAACUAAACUGACAACAUCUACCCAUCUCGGCGACGCUUACGACGCACGCAAGCUAAAUCCUCUCUAUCCAAUAUUUAGAUUAGCUUGGUUAUUCCUACUGGCAUUUAGGAACGCCCAUCAAGUCUGCAAAUAGAGCCUUUGUAGUUACCUACUAAAUCCUACUGAAAUAAGAGUUGUUAAAAAUAAAAGAAAAUGGGCACAAGGACCGAGUCUAAAAGAAUUGAACCUUCUUGUUCCACAGAAAACAAGGACGCAAAAUCUGGCUGAUACGAUAUUUAAUGCCUGGCCAUUCUUGAUAUUUAUAUUGGCUGCCGCGGGAGCAUCUGGAAUGUCCGUCUGGUUAUUGGUAUGAUAAAAUUAUACUGGACUAGAUUAUUUCGAAAUAGAAAUUCAUAAUCUAGGUAUCCAUUCUUCUAAGUCAUUUAGAAUCAAUGAUUUCUUUCAGUCUGCUUAAGAUAGUGAAAAUGCCGGACUUUGAGAAGGAGAAAUAGUUGUCACUGGACCGGAAUAUGAUGACGGAAAAAUAGAGUUUACUUCUGAAACUUUUUCAGAAAGAUUUAACAAUCAUGGGAACCGAAGGAAGGGAUCAGAGGCCAAAAUCAAAACUAAAUCCACUUAUGGCGUAUGGAAAGCUCAAAAUGCCUUUGUUGAGGUCUCGAUUGGAUUUUGGAAAGUUAAAUAACUCAAAAGCCAAGUAGUAAAGUAAUAAUAAAGCUAAAAUAGUCGCGAAAAAACCUUGGAAUGUCACCGCACUAAAUUAAAUGCCUGAUAAUCAGUUUUCAAUUGAUUUGUUUCCUCGUAGGAAUAUGUCUUCUUCUCGUCAGAAUUUUCUACCACAUUCGUCCAUGGAGCCUGGGACGGGUUUUGGUGGGCCGUUGUUACCAUGACAACUGUCGGGUGAGUGAUCUGAUUCCCUACCGAUUUCUUUAAUUCUUGUUGCAUAUUUCCACAUUUGUCUAUUCUCACUCCGCAGCCAAAUUAUAACGCGUUUCCUCAAUGAUUUCAUUAUCAUAUUUUAGAAGUCAGAUGAAUCAAAUUUCCAAUUCUCAGUUUCUCUAGCUGUGCAACCCACUUUUGCCUCUACCAAUGAACAACUGGACGACAAUGAUAUGUCUAUAAAGCGAGCGAAGAUAUUGCCCCACAAAAGCGCAGAAUUUUACAGACGUUUGUAUGGGGACAGUUCGUGCAACUCAACAAUACAAACGCCUAAAAAAUUCCGCGACUCUUGAAAGCUGUAUCUUUGUUAGUUUUUAACAAAUCACUUUCAAACUUGACGCAUUUACUGAUUUUAAGGCGCUCAUUCCAGCCAUGUUCACGGAUUUUGGCUAACUGUUUCCAGUCAAAAGUUGAAAAAAUCGUGUAAGGGUCUAUUGCUGCAGUAAGUCAUAAGUCAUUCCUGGUAAACUACAAUUUACAUCCAUUUUCACAAUCCAUGUUACUAUUUUUACUCCGUAAGGUUCGUCUGGUAACUUUCUGUCAUUGUCUGUUCUCUGGUACAUGACAACCACCAAAUAUGACCUUCCUAUGAAGUCUGUGUUUGCCUCUAAGGCAACUCAAACAGACUAAAAUGAUCAUACAAUUAUUAUGAUGUCUCGGACCCAAAACCCUCUGCUUUUCAAAGACAGUGAGCUGCCUAAAAUCUUUGUGCCCCCUAGUUUCCAAAGGCUUGCUAAGGCCCUGAUUUGAAACACUUUAAUUUUGUUUCUCACCACUAUUGAACAAUUUUAUAAAAAUUUCGUCGUUUCUUAGGUAUGGUGACAGAUCACCGAAAUCUUUACCUGGGCGCCUCUUCUGUUUUAUUUGGAUAAUCACUGGUAUAAACAUCAUAUCCAUAUUUACUGCGUUGGUAACCGCUACAGUGACGGCUUCGACUCGACCUUACUUUAAUAUUCAUGGAGCAAAGGUAGUUUGAGUUCAUCUUCCAGCAACUUUACUUUUGUUUAGGGCAAUAUAACACCAAUCCAAAGUCAAUUCCCAUAGUACCUCAAAGGCCGGAUUAAAGCUAAGGCUUUCAGCAAUUAACUCGUCCCAGAUCAACAGACAUAUAGAUUCUAGUGGAUCAGUAUUUAUUUUAUGCUUAUCAAGUGCAAAGAAUAAGAUCAAACUCUACUGCUUUACGUAUCAUCCGUUGCAGGUCGGGGCAGUUAAUGGAAGCGAGGAGUUUCGUGUUGGUGUUAGCAUCAACCUCGACAUGAAAGGUACCACAGCUACUACGUUAUGUUUUUUUUUCCUUUGCGAACAUAAAGCGCACUAAGAGCCAUUAUGGCUCUUGAGUGGACUUACUGAAUCUGGAUAGCAAAUGACUUGUACAUCGCUGUUCCUGGAUCAAUUAAUCAAUUGACUAGUGACUUGAAUAAAUGAUUGAUGUAGCGCACAUAUGAUGUUUUUGUGAGAUUGGUGGGUACUCAGAACAGUGGGGUGGGGUGGGGAACCUGUGCUUCUUACCCAUCCCUGAAGGGAGGUAUAACCUCGUUCCCAGGUUCUUUCUCCUACUCUCGCUCCGUAGGGACGGGUAGGAGAGAACCCAGGGAACGAGGUUGGGGAGGUUCCCCUAUAUUCUCGCCAGUCCAUAUGUUCCCCAUUAAAAGGUGCUUUUGAACUCUUUAAUCUUGAAUCAUGUGCUUCUCGAAGACAAUUAUUAUAAUGAGAUCAGAAUUUAGCUCAAGGUGUGUGAAUCAAAUACCUAGGCUUGAUUAAUGAGUAUACUGUAGCACUUGACAUUCUUACAUAGAAAAUCCUCCAAGUACUGCCGAACUGCCGGGAUGUUCGGCCCUCGAAUCCCUGCCGUCAUUAGACUCAACCAAUUUUAACUUCCACUGGGUUUAAUCAGACUGCGAAACAGCACAUAUUUUUGGGCAAGCGAUGAAACGAGAGGCCUGGAAUGAGGGUGAAAAUGGAGAGUGAGACUCGGGAAAGAUGACCUACGAGCGUACGGCAAGGCUUGCGCGCUUUGCACGAGAAUCUUACGCCCAAACUUCCUGCCUUGAAAAAUAGAUUCUGAGAGGUAAAAAAGAACCGACUGUUUCGCAGUCAAGUGUUUAAUGAGCUGUCCGUCAAAUCACCCAAUCCUACCCCUCGACAAAACUAUUUAAUAUAACCAUUACUGUUUCCUUUGGCCUUCACUGAGAUUCUGGGGAAACAAAAUUCACUGUUUCCCGUCGGCAGGAGCCAUUAUAGGGGCUAUAUCACGGUUACCGUCCGGGGAUGUCUUGUUCAUUUUCUAAAUAAUACCAAUUACACUCCCUUAUUCGCUAUGAAGAUUGGAAAUUAAUUGUGAAUGAGAAGAUCACCGCUUCGCAUCACACAAAUAUGUCUCCCAAGCAUUAUUUCAAACGUUACAAAGAAUAAGCAAGUUUUCAAAACCACCACUGCAAUCCGUUUCAUUCUUCUCCAAGUUUGUCCUUUCGCGCUUCCUUUUGUAUUUUCUUCGAGUAUGGUUUUUAUACCUUCUUUUAACGUUUUGAACCGGGUAAUUUGAAUAUUUCACUCAACUUGGUGGCAGUUACCACUAUUUGAAUUUACAUAAAUUUCCUGACACGGCUGCUUUAAGUUUUAAGUGUUUUACUUCUGUUAACAGCAUUUGACACCCCUGCGAAGAUGACCACAGCACUGAUGGCUCAGGAGGUGGACGGAAUUCUGAUUGACAACUACGCAUUGACAAGGUUUUCUAAUUGGAUGGAGAAGGAACCAAUUCGUGUGGAACGCACUAUUGAACAUCCAAUCACAUACGGCCUAGUACUGCCCACAGGGUCACCAAUCACUACUCAGUGCGUGCGACGAUACAUGACAAACUUCGACCAUGAAAUCUUUGACAAUAUCGCCAAACACCUCAAACCUGUUAAGGUAAGUAUAAGCGUUUAAGGGUUUUUAUAUUCAUUUUUCUUCUGAAAGAGGAGGCAAUUGAUCACAAGGAGGAGAAGUACAACAUACACACCCAUAAGUACCUAAAAGUGGCUCAGGGUAACCUAGAGAGACUAAGGGAAUAUAUUCAGUGGUGUACAGAAAGUAAUAUGUAGCGAAUUUGUUGUGAACUAGGACAUAGCGAGUUCGACAAGUGGCGAAACCGGUUGUUACCCUACCACAUUUUUGUUGUCUUCCCACCACCAUCGCCGGCACCGGCACUUUUCACCUAACGGCUAACGAUGAGCGUAAAUCUAGGAUUACUCCAUUUACAGAUAAAUGGGGUUAGAGCUAACCAGACUUAAAAAAAUUUCAUUCGGCUGAUUGUGAUGUUCUCAGCUGUAUCUUAACGUACAUGAUAUUAUUCAUUCCUCGUCAGAGUAAGAAUACUGAAAAGAACUAUGCAGUGAAAGAAGCAGAAGGCCUUUUCUAUCAAGAACAUCUCUUUAGCAGCGUGGUCAGGAUUGGUGUUGGUGUUGUGUCUGGUCUUGUGUUCAUUGGGCUUGUGUGGGAAUUUUCAUGUCGAAGACGCAAACACGGUAAGUUCUGUGUGAGGUAACGAAAAUGUGUUGUCUGAACGAACAAGACUAUGGAUUGAUCAAUUGGCAAACUAUUUCAAAGGCCUUUUUCCAACUGGAGUCUUAUGGUUACAUUUCCGCCUUGGUGUAACAUAAGUACACACCGUUAACCCGAGUUGUUUUGUAUAACGUGCUAUGUAUAAGAUCCUAUGGUAUUAAUCCGAGCAAAAGGUUUAUGUUACUUGAUCAAAGCUGUGGUCACUUUCCUCGUAAUCAUCAGCAUUAUCAUUAUCAUUAUAGUAACCACAACCCUCGCAAUAGGCCCUUCUGUGUCACCGUAUUUUCGCUAUCUUAGUCAUCAUAUUAAUCACACUAAGUCUUACAUCGUAAUUUCCUCUUCUGCAUUGCUAUAACUGACAUAUGAUUACCAGUCUGUAUUUUCUUGCAGCCAAAUCACAGUCAAAACAGCCUGUUACCAAGGAAACAGACACUGAAGUGACUCCUUUGACCAAGGAUAUAGGAAAGAAAGAAGAGCUUCUCUUUGAAUACAACAAAUUUCAAAAGCGCUGGAUGGACCAGCUGUCAGACAUGAAGAACCGCAAGCCAUGAUCAUUGACUAUUUUAACAGUUUCAUGACAAUUAAAACUGUAACCACAGUAAAAAGUUUUAGACUGUAAAGCAUCUAGUGCGAGGUAAAACGAACCUGAUACUAAUGAGCAAAAUCUAUUGUUCUCGCUCAUUCACCGUCAGAACACAUGUGAAGUCAAACUCUUCCCCACGGCUUUUUCAUUAAAAGUGGUAGUGCUUAGGAAAAUCCCUGGGGAGGAGGUUGACGUGAAGUUGGAAGUUUGACCCGGGUUACUUUUCACACUCAACUAUUUUAAUUUUAAAAUUUGUUACUGAAGAUUUUACUGAUCCAGGUCUACUAAAGAUCCGGCUGACCCUCACUGGUUUGUCGUUUUGGUUUUAAUUUGAUAAGUAUUUCUGAAACUUUUCACAAUCAAUCUGGAUGUUCCUGGUUCUGCUGAACCUCUGGCACAAAAUUUCGUCCCAACUUUGACAUAAGUUUCAUUUUAUAGUAGUCCGCUCAGUUCUUAAUAAUUCGUCCAAAUGCAAGUAGAAGUAGCGAGGGUAAUUUUUUUCUAUUAUAUCUUUCCAUAAAAAGAUAAUCAAGAAUAACACCAGGGGGGAGGGGUGGUAAGGUGGAAGAGGUGUGGUAGUUGGGAGUGUAGUUGCUAGUUGUAGUUGCUAGUUUGCAAUUUGCCUUUUUCUUUUUAUUCAGAG